AAACAAUUAGUACUUCGAACUGUAUGCUGGACAACAAAAAGAAAAAAAUCGUAUAUGAUUGCUCCGUAGUACAGCCUACUGAAAGUAAACAUGAAAGCAUAAUAGUAUAUAAUAUUCGUCCCAAUUCCAAGAAAUGAAAUACUGAUCAUAGAUAUUAAAACAAAUUCAGCGGGCUUUGGGAGCUGGUUGUUUUUGAUUUUGGUGUCUUCGUACUGUGAUUGGUCAUAUUCUCGGUAGGAGUUGUGGAUUGGCUUCAUAACUGAAGAGAGUCACUCAUCCCGAAAAUCUACAUAUUUAGAACUACUUGUAUUCCCAGUAACUUUUCUGAUGGUUUUAGCUCAGCGUCAAAAAGAGGAGCUCAACAGAGCUAUUGCCGAUUAUUUAUUUGCUAAUGGAUACGUCAAAGCUCUGAAUGCCUUCAGAGAGGAGUCACAACUGGCAGGGGAAAAUGACCGAAAAUAUGAUGGCCUACUAGAGAAAAAGUGGACUUCCGUCAUUAGACUUCAAAAAAAGGUCAUGGAUUUAGAAGCUAAGCUUAACGAGGCUGAGAAGGAGUUUCAGUCCAUGCAAAAUGCCGUUGGUUUCGGUAUAGCAGGUGCUGCACCUGGAAGUGGUCUUUCAGACAGGGGUGAUCGACGUGAUGUUGAUGCUAUUCCGAGACCUCCAGCCAAGUUUACACUUACAGGUCAUCGUUCUCCGAUAACUCGUGUACUCUUUCAUCCACACUACAAUGUUUUUGUAUCAGCAAGUGAAGAUGCCUCAAUCAAAGUUUGGGAUUAUGAGACUGGAGAGUUUGAGCAUACCUUAAAAGGCCAUACAGAUUCUGUUCAAGACGUAGCCUUUGAUCCGUCAGGAAAGUUUUUGGCUUCAUGCUCCGCCGACAUGCAAGUUAAAUUAUGGGAUUUUACAAUCUAUCAGUGCAUCAAAACUCUGACUGGUCAUGAUCAUAAUGUAUCCAGUGUAGCGUUUCUACCUUCUGGCGACUUCUUAGUCAGUGCAAGUAGAGAUAAAACGAUUAAAAUGUGGGAAGUAUCUACAGGAUAUUGUACGAAGACUUUCAUCGGUCAUACCGAGUGGAUUCGAUCAGUUCGUCCAAGUCCAGAGGGGAAUCUAUUAGCCAGCUGUUCCAAUGAUCAUACUAUUCGAAUCUGGUCUGUAGAAUCGCGCGAAUGUCAAGUUGUACUACGUGGUCAUGAACACGUAGUUGAAUGCAUUACUUGGGCUUCUCAUCCACAAAGUAUAUUAGCAAUAACUAGUUCUGCGUCCGAAGGUGGCGAUUCUACUAAUUUUACUAAUGAUGGAUUUAUCAACGCCACAACCAAUGGAAUUCCUGUAGAUUUAAAUUCUUUACCUUCUAGUAUGAAUUCAUCUUUGUUACUUGUAUCUGGUUCACGCGAUAGGACUAUUCGUUUUUGGGAUGUAAAUAUUGGUAUUUGCUUGUUUGUUCUUAUCGGUCAUGAUAAUUGGGUUAGACAACUUGUAUUUCACCCUCACGGUAGACUUUUAUUGUCUGCCUCUGACGACAAAACAAUUCGAGUUUGGGAUUUGAAAAAUCGGCGAUGUCACAAAACAUUAAAUGCCCAUUCACAUUUCGUUACCUCUUUAGAUGUUAACCGUUUAGCUCCCUAUGCUGUAACGGGUAGUGUCGAUCAAACAAUUCAUAUUUGGGAUUGUCGAUAAACAAUCAUUACUAUGAUAUGCAUUAAUUUUUUUGUAUUCAUUGAAAUAGGCAAAACACGAAGUGCGUAAUGUUGAUCUACUUAUAUGUAUGUGUUCUUGUGGUUUAUUGGGUUCUUGAAUUUUUCAAUUGACGUCCUAAUCUAUGGAAAUUCACCUCUUUUAAGCGAACGCAGAAGUUGAUUUGUAUUUAGGAUUUAUAUCUCCACACUAACACAUUAUUAUUAUUAUUACCCUCAGUCAACUAAAACUCAGAAUCUCAUCCAAAUAUGUUUUGUGUUCAGCUCACGCUUCUGUCACUAUCAAUAUACAUAGAUAUGAUAAAGUACAUUCAUUUUUACAACCAAAUUAUGGCUGACCGGUUGUUUUUUUGUUAUGAUUAUUAUUUUUGUUUUCCCUCACGUCCAUUUUCAGAUUUAAAACAAAAAAACAUUUUAAAUUCUUUUGUACAUGUAUUUGAUCAGUUUUGCAUCUUUUGUUUCCUUAUGUAUACUUCAGUUGUUUUUCUGUUCAUCCUUAUAUUAUUGUGUGUUAAAUUGUUAAUGUUUUAUGCGCUCUUUUGGUUCAGUUGGAUUUCAUUCAAUCUUCAUCGUCAUGCUAUUGCUAAUACAAGAGUAUAAUCUGUCACAACUGCCGACUUAACAAUAAGACCUGUUGUUAUAUCCGAUUACACUGCCUUCCAGUGUCAGACCUAAAACACAUUUAGACUGAAAGGAAAAGUUCUAUGUGAUAUGUUAAUCUGUUUUAAGUUUAAAUAAUUUUCUCGCUUAUAUUUACAGUGAAUCAGUCUGGAAAAUUUUUAAAUUCUAUUUUACUUAAUAAUGUUUCAAAUCACAUAUAUAUUAGACAUUUGCCUAUUUAGCUUGUGGGAGGUAUUUUUUCCGAUGCAAAUGACAUAUACUACUGACUAUAUUCCUCAUUUCCUUGCUUUUUUGUGUUAUUGUGUAUAGCUAAAACUGUAUCAUCAGGCGCUUUUAGAUGUCUUCCCAGAUCAUUGGUUUAAAGAGGUACUGAUAUUUAACCUGAAAAUCUAUUUAGUUCUGUAAUCUUAUAAUUUCACUGAAGAUUCGAUGUGUCAAUAAAAUUUCCAUUCAUUUGGUUUAUUGAAAUCAUUUAGGUUGAUGAUUCAAUGUUGGUCGUUGAAAAUAAGUUUUCGCCUUACAAUCGCAAGAUAUUUUGUAAAUGUACUGUCGCUUAUUAGAUUUCUUUCCCACUUAUAUAUCGGGACUAAUCAAUUUUACUAUUAUUGGAUAAGUCGACAUCUUGAAUAUUUUAAGCUUUAAUUCUAGUAAUAUCUUUAAUAUCUCAUUUGUCAUGAGUACGACAGUGGUCUUAUGUUUUUCGUGAUCUUUAGCAUUAGCUUAUGAUAAUUAACAAAUGAAAGGUUAUCAUGCUUCGGUUUUAUCUUCGACAUAGCAAAAUACCAGAUUACUUGGGACUCUUGUUAUGUUAUUAAACAUAGCAUAAAAUACAAACAGUGGAAGUCCUGUUGGUUCAAAGAAUACCAAAUACACUUUUUAAAUGAGAUUGAAUAUCCAAAUUAUGAUCAGUGAUUGCGGUAAAAGUGGAUUAGGAAGUAUAACAACUUAGAAAUAAUUGCUAUGAUACUGAACGUCUAUAACACUUUUGAGUGAAUGAAAACGCUGUAUGAGUGACACUGAUUAUACUGAUAGGAUUUAGAAACUAGAUACAAAUCGUAUGAAUAAAUGUCUGCACAGUUCGUAAAUAUUUGUCCAAUCAGUUGAGUUCAGGGCCAAGAGGAUGACAAUAAGUUGAUAAAAUGACGUCUCCCACUCAGCUGUGAUGCAUCAAAUUUCAAGUUGCGCUGACAUUCCUGUGAGGGCUUAAUCAAAUGACGUCACAACUUCGCCAACGUCAGUUUUACAUAUUCUAUGAAGCUACUUUAAAUAUACCAAGCAGUGUUGUUAGAGAUAAAUAUCUCGAGUUAAGAUAACUUGGUUCUUCAAUACUACUACUUCUCAGAUCCUCCUCACGCUACAUUCUCCAAUUGUUUGUUGUUAUAUUCGUCUUUCUGGAUAUAUCUCACUUUAUAUCACGUUUGUAAUUUCUCCGGAUUUCAUGGUGGAAUGUGCCUACUUUUUUAAGUACGUUAUUGAUGAUUGAACACAGAUUCCUCAUCAGUGGAUUUAUUUUGCUAUAAACUUGUAAAUUACUUUUAUGUUAAUCUAUAUUCUGAAUUCAUCAGAAAUAUUUGCUCUCAUAUUAUACGAGUUUUAAAUAUCACGUGUAAUUUACCACCUUCAAAGAACACGGUGCCAGUUUUCGGAGAUUAUUUUCCCACUCCUUUGCUAUCAACCAAACAGGAUAGUGAAGGUUUAUUUUGCUUGAGAGACGAAUUAACAGUAAAAAGGAAUUUACAGUAGAAUAUAGUGCGAACCUAUGACUUAAUAGUAAUGAUUAAGUAUUCACUCUGUCGUAGUUUUCGUAUGAUGACAGAAGAGACGAGAAUUCAGUAUAUAAACAAAGCAGUUAAUGCAAAUACUUAAAUUUACUCAAAUUCCAUAAAUAUUUAAAUUACCAGGUAGUAAUGUAAUUUGACUUGUGAAAGCUUGUGAUGAGGAUUUAUUGUCAUAAAUAGUUUCUUAGUUCUGCAUCUUGUGUGACAGCUUACUGAACAAUUAUUACGACUAACAACUAAAGUGUUAUUUCCUGUAGAUGAUAUCAGCCUCUUUACUACUAUAUAUACCUGAUCCAGAAGAAUGUGCCUUAUAAGAACACCAGCUGAAGGAAUGUAGUAGAUUUAUGAAGGUUGCUUUGCGUCAAAAGCUGGAGUUAGCAAGGAAAUAACUCCUACAUCCCAAAUGUUUGGAAUGCUGUCAAGUAUGUAAGAGUUGAAGAUUACCGGAAAGCAGAAACCAUCCACUGUUGAAAGUCAAUAAUAGGUAUUUUAAUGAGAAUCAACAGCUGUUGGAGGAAUAAUUCAGACUGUCAGCGAGGACGAAUUGGUUGAUUUAAAAGAUGUUGACAGUACCAGUAAUUUAAAGUGACUAGAUUUCCUGAUCACUGCAAAA